AUGAAACACCAAGAUACAUUUGAUGACCAAGAGGCAGACGACAUUAAAGUAUCUGUAAAUGAUUUUAUUAUCAAAGCAACUGCAGUUACUCUGAAGCAAAUGCCAGAUGUGAACGCAAGCUGGGAUGGAGAAGCCUGCAGGCAGCUGCAAUCCAUUGACAUAUCUAUUGCUGUGGCAACAGACCGAGGUCUCAUUACGCCAAUCAUAAAAGAUGUUGCUGCCAAAGGAAUAAAGGAAAUUGCUGCCUCUGCAAAGGCUUUAGCAAAGAAAGCAAGAGAUGGAAAACUGUUACCAGAAGAAUACCAGGGAGGAUCUUUCAGCAUCUCUAAUCUGGGCAUGUUUGGCAUCAGUGAUUUCACUGCGGUCAUAAACCCUCCUCAGGCCUGCAUCCUCGCUGUGGGCCGAGCAAGAGCAGAGCUCAAACUUGUGGAAGAUGAAGAAGGAAAUGAGAAACUCGAGCAGCACCAACUCGUGACAGUGACUCUUUCAAGCGAUGGUCGGGUGGUAGAUGAUGAACUGGCUUCAAAGUUUCUGGAGACUUUGAAAGCCAACAUAGAGAAUCCAAUACGACUUGCCUUGUGUUAAACUUGGUGGAGAUUUCUUCUUGUUUUGACAACAUAGAAACCUCUUAUGUACUUGGGGUUGUUUUUCUAUAUUGAGGAGUAAAUAGUUACUGUGAGAAGGACAAUUAAAAUAUUUAAUUUAUUGAAUUACUGUGAAAAACUAUUAAUGUUCAUGCUUUUAGUCUUUUGAAAUGA